ACUUGGUAGAUGUGAACAUCCGACUGUGCUCUGGGCCACAGCCCGGAUAAUGAUAUGUGACUAGAGCAGGCGCGGUAACUACGCCGGUGUUAGCAGCUGGAGGCUAGCGGGUUUGUUAUUAGCGCAGGUCCGACAUCGAUGUUCGUCCCCGUCACUGGUUCCGCUCCUUCUCUCGGCGCUUCUCUGAUGUUUACGUGUGUCAUUCGUGAGUCUCAAAGAGAAUGCCUCGUUUUCCAGUUCAGUUCAUGUCGGUUCCUCAAUCAUUCAAUUCAAUCUAAAUGAAAAACUUUAAUCGAAAAUUAGAAGGGGGAAAAAUGUGAAUUAUUUUGCAAAGUUGAGUUAUCUUAAAUCGCUUUUGAGUCGCUUCACGCUCGGGCGUACGUAGUGAUGUAAGUAAAGAGUAUGACGCAGAACUUUCCAAACAUUCGUCCUCCGGCCCACCCCCCCAAAAAUGAAAGCUUUAAACGUCGCGCACACAAAGUUGAAGAGAAACAGAUGUUAGUACGUGUACGGGUGCGAGUGUGCGCUCGUGCGCGUUUGUGAGCGCAACAGCUGGAGGCGGACCCCGGGUCCCAACCUCCUCCCCAACCACACCUCAGACUUCCUGAGCUAGCGCUGAAGUUUUACACGUCCUUGGAGGGAUUAACUAGUUCAACACAACGGCAACAUUCUUGAGGACCGGAACAUCGUUCUGAAAGGGUCAAUAAGAACCACGACCAUGAGUGACACUCUCGAGAUGGAGUCUCUGUCAGACGCCGAAGACCCGGAGAACGGAGUUGUGGAGGAGCCGAUGAUCGAAGGCGAAGUCGUUUAUCCCGAGGAGUUUUUACCAACCUACCACAGUAUUACGGAAGGGGGCAGCAUCGCAAAAGUCCACCAGAGCGAGUUCAACCAGAAGCCCGACUCGCUGUUCUUCAACGAUGGUGAACGACGGAUUGACUUCAUCCUUUUGUACGAGGAUGAAGACAAGAAGGACUUUGAGAGAAGACACACGUACCAGCGCAAAAAGAGACGACGAGAAUUCUUCGAGGCAAGUCUAAUGAAGAUGGGCAUGGAGCUGGAGGCCACACGCUCGGUCCUGAAUGAUCAACUGAUGUUUGUGAAGGUCCACAUGCCGUGGAGUGUUCUGUGCACCUACGCUGAAGUUCUCCACAUCAAGAUGCCCAUCCAGCCCAACGAUCUGUCAUUACAGCCAUCGCCAUGGCGAUGUCUCCGCUUCCUCACCAAGCACUUCUAUCCCAGUGAAGACCUGAUCCAGAAAGAGUCAGAGUUCUUCACUGCACCAUUUGAGAAGGACCGGCUGGAGUACUUCUACGUCCCAGACCAGGACUCCUUUUUCACACCAGCUAUGAGGAGCAGGAUGGCCUUCUACAUCCUGAGUCGAGCGCCGUACGAGAUACGAGGCAGUAACAAGAAGUUUGGAAUCAAUAAGCUGCUGGACAGCAACGUCUACAAAGCUGCGUACCCUCUACACGACGGCAGGUUCAAUAUCAAGUCCAAAGACUCGGAGUCUGCAUGCGAGCGCUUUCGACUCUAUCGCGAGUGGGCUCAUCCCCGCAGUUUCUACAAGAUGCAGCCGCUGGACCUGAUCAGGAAGUACUACGGCGAGAAAAUCGGGAUUUACUUUGCCUGGCUGGGAUUCUAUACCAUCAUGCUAGCUCUGGCCGCAGUGGUUGGACUUGGGUGUUUCAUCUACGGAUACACAACUCAAGAAACCAGCACCUGGAGUAAGGAGGUGUGUGACCCAAACAUCGGUGGUAAGAUCAUCAUGUGUCCUCAGUGCGACCAGGAGUGUCAGUACUGGAGACUGAACACCACCUGCGAAGCCUCCAAGAAACUCUGCAUCUUCGACAACUUUGGAACGCUGGUCUUCGCUGUCUUCAUGUCCAUCUGGGUGACUCUGUUCCUGGAGUUCUGGAAGCGGUACCAGGCCGAGCUGGAGUAUGAGUGGGACACUGUGGAGCUGCUGGAGCAGGAGGAGCCGUCGAGACCCGAGUACGAGGCCAAGUGCAUCUACGAGAGGAAGAACCCUGUCACUGGGGUGAAGGAGAAGGUUCCAUUCACAGCGUUCGGGCGAUGUGUGCGGGUUACCCUGGGCUUUAGCACCGUCUUCCUCUGGAUCUGCCUCAUUGUGGCCUCCAUCGUGGCCAUUACGGUCUACCGCCUGGCCGCCUUCUUCGCCUUCUCAGCACAGCUUCGUGCUCAGAACCUCAAGCAGCUGGAGCCUCUGAAGGAGUAUGUGACGCCUCAGAUGGCCACAUCCGUCACUGCCUCGCUCAUCAGCUUCGUGGUCAUUAUGAUCCUCAACAUUCUGUACGAGCGUGUCGCCAUCUGCAUCACCAAAUUCGAGCUGCCUAGGACCCGCCGAGACUUUGAAAACAGCCUUACUCUCAAGAUGUUCCUCUUCCAAUUUGUCAAUUACUACUCUUCGUGUUUCUACAUCGCUUUCGCUAAAGGAAAAGUGGUUGGUUACCCGGGAGCACCCGUUUACCUGCUGGGAAAGUAUCGCAACGAAGAGUGUGAUCCAGGUGGCUGCCUGAUUGAACUCACCACUCAGCUGUCCGUCAUCAUGGGGGGAAAGGCAAUCUGGAACAACGUUCAAGAAGUUCUGCUGCCGUGGGUAAAGAACCUGAUCUUCAGGUUCUGCAACAGAUCCACGUCCCAUCAGGUGAUACCACGUUGGGAGCAGGACUACCAGCUGCUGCCCAUUCCUAAACUGGGACUCUUCUAUGAAUACCUGGAGAUGGUGAUCCAAUUUGGUUUCGUGACCCUCUUCGUAGCCUCCUUCCCGCUCGCUCCAGUUCUGGCUUUGGUCAAUAACCUGUUUGAGAUCCGAGUGGAUGCCUGGAAAUAUACCACACAAUUCCGGCGCAUUGUUCCCGAAAAAGCGCAGGACAUCGGGGCGUGGCAGCCCAUCCUUCAGGGCGUGGCCAUCCUGGCAGUGGCUACCAAUGCCAUGAUCAUCGCCUUCACAUCUGACAUGAUCCCACGUCUCGUCUACUACUGGUCCUUCUCUGUGGCCCCUUACGGGGGUCACACCCACAACACCAUGGAAGGUUUCAUCAACAGUUCCUUGUCCAUUUUUAACGUCCAUGACUUCACCGAUACCAGUCGACCCAACAUGACUUUAACGAACAUCACCAUCUGCAGGUACCGCGACUUCCGUUUCCCGCCAGGCCACCACCGACAGUAUGAGUUUAACAUCCUCUACUGGCAUGUUGUUGCUGCCAAGAUGGCUUUCAUCAUCGUCGUUGAGCACAUCGUCUACCUGACCAAGUUCAUCCUCUCCUACGUGAUUCCUGAUGUUCCGUACGCAGUAAAGGAGCAGAUCAAGCGCGAGCGUUACCUAACGCAGGUCAUCCUGCACGAGACCAACCUGAAGCUGGUGACCAAGAAGCUGAAGCCGCAUAGAGAUGAAGCGUUCACAGACACUUUAGAGAAAACAGACACUGAUGACUUUGAGAUGGAGUAAGUGGACAAAGGAACUGUGAGCGAGAGGAUCUCCUCCGCUCAGCAAAUUCAUAAUCCCUGUGACUUUCAUGUCUGAACCUGCAGUGGUUUCACUGACAAUAGCCACUAGCCGUCCGUCAUGACUGCCACUUUUACUGACAACAGUGUUCCACGGGGGUCAGUGUUGGCAUCUCUGAGUUGUUGUUUUUUUAUACUUAUACCCAUAUAUGGAAUAUUAUAUUGUUGCUUGUCUGUUACUAUGACAACCUGCGUUGAAGCCACUCCCAGUGUUACGUUGGCGACACUAUUAAUCUGAAACCACUGACUGUUUUUCUUGUUUCUUUACUAACACAAUGCUCUAUGUGUUGUCAUGGCAGCAAGUCUUGACUUUUUUUUUUACUGUGCCAAUA